AGCCACCUAACGAAUAACGAACUAUUUUUGAAACAUAGAACAAGAAGCGCUUGCGACACGCCAUAGGAACACAGAACGAGAAAUAGAGGAAGUCAUGAUUGUGACUGACGUGUAUUCUUCACCGCCAUUUUGUUUUCUUUUUGGAAGAAAUAUUUUUCACAAAGAUCGAGUCUGACUAUCCAUCUAGUUCAUUCCAUAAAACAACUAUGAGAAAUAAUUGGCUCGAAAACGUUUGUUAUAGACAAGUGAUACAAUUGCAUACCAAAAUAUUAUAACGUCAAUAUGUUGAACUGUGUGCAACUACGCGUGCUUUAUUGCAAAUUAGCUUAUCAUUUUUAUGACAACAAUAGCGGCAAAUAAUCUUCCGACACACCCUGUAUAGAAGUAACAAAAAGUGAUUGUGAAUGGUUGUAGCUCUUUUUCCCAUCCUCGUGUCAACUGUCAACGUCAAAUGUUUCAACCGUCAGCUUCAGCUGAUUCUGUUAGGUUAGGUUAUAUUUACAUUCACAGAUUUGAUUUAGUAUGACAGUGUGUUUCUGAUUUUGUGAUGCAUUUCUUCUAAUACAAUUCAGGAUGAGUAAUAUUUAUAUUCUAGAACCACCAACCUCGGGAAAGGUAUUGCUGAAAACCUCUGUGGGUGAUAUAGAUAUAGAACUAUGGGCCAAGGAAGCUCCAAAAGCCUGCAGAAAUUUUAUCCAGCUAUGUUUAGAAGGCUACUACAACAAUACAAUUUUCCAUAGAGUGCUCAAGGGCUUCAUUGUACAAGGUGGUGACCCUACAGGUGAUGGCACUGGUGGAGAAUCCAUAUAUGGCCAACCAUUCAAAGAUGAGUUUCAUCAACGACUGAAAUUCACAAGGAGAGGUCUCCUUGCUAUGGCCAAUGCCGGUAAAGACGACAAUGGCUCACAAUUUUUCUUCACAAUGGCUGCUACUCCAGAACUGAAUAACAAACAUACAAUAUUUGGUAAAGUCUCAGGUGAUACUGUAUUCAAUAUGCUGAAGUUGGAAGAAGGGCUGAUCGAAGAUGAAAGUCCUGUUUAUCCAAAUAAAAUUUUGAAGACUGAAGUGCUGCUCAAUCCUUUUCCAGACAUUGUGCCAAGAAUUCAGAGAGUAGAAGUUAAGGAAAAGAGGAAAAAAGAUAAGAAAACCGGAGUAAAGAAUUUCAAAUUGUUGUCCUUUGGUGAAGAAGCCGAAGAAGAUGAGGAAGAAUCGACUAAACAAAACCAAAAAUAUGUAGGAAAGGGAAAAUCUUCACAUGAUGUUUUAGAUGAUCCAAAACUAAGUUCUGAAACACAGCCACUUGAUUCAGACAUAAAAGAUGAAGAAAAGGAGGAGAAUGAUACUGAAGAACAGUUGGACAGUAUAAGGAAGAAAUUCAAAGCAGCGAAAGAAUCAAAAUUGAAAUCAAAGAAACCUCUCGCAGAAACCAGCACAAGCAGUUCACAAAAAAUAAUUGAUGAUGAAGACCAUGCUCUAGAAGAUUAUUACUUGCAUAAAGACAGAGAUCUGGAGAGGAAGAAAAAAGUGGAUGAAAUAAAAAAAGAAAUUGAGAGUGUGAAGCGGGAUUACCACAAAAACAAACUGAAAAAAGUUGAGGAGCAGGAAGAAGCUAGACAGGAAGAAGAGGUCAAAAAUGAAACAUAUGAAAAGUACAAAGCAGAAUGUGAGAUUUACAAAAGUAAAAAGGAAGCUCUGCCUAAGAAAGGUGCAGGUAGAGAACAAUUUACAUUGAGUUUAUUAGAGAAAUUCAAGAAAAAACUGCAUUCUGCCAAGGAAAAAGAACCAGAAGAGACAGAAACUGUUGAAAAAGAUGAUGACAUCGAUAAUGAAGAAUCAUGGUAUGUUUUAUUUUUGAUCCUUGUGAUUCUCCAUCUUGACUAUACAAAUAUUAAAUUGGUUAUUUUUGUGUAUUAGAGAAUAUACAUGUGAUUUAAAUAUAAAUCAAUUAUUUUGAUUGACAAUCUAUGUACAGUCUGUAUUGCUACACCUUCAACAUUAUUCGGUCAAUAUCGACAAGUCAACAUGGUUUCUAUAAGGGCAGAUCUAUGUGUAGUAAUCUGGCAUGUUUUAAGCAGUACUCCGCGUCAGUUCUGGAUAUUGGCGGGCAAGUUGAUGUAGUCUAUACUGACUUUUCUAAAGCUUUCGACAGUUUGGAUCACAGUGUUCUAUUGCAGAAGUUGUCUAAGUAUGGUUUAACACCUAGAUUCUUACCUUUCUUUCAUUCAUACAUCAGUGAUAGACAAUUAUGUGCGGACUUCCGUGGAUAUAAGUCUGGUGCGGUUUUAGCUACAUCAGGUGUGCCCCAUGGUUCUGUUCUGGGUCCCCUAUUAUUUUUAAUUUUUAUCAAUGAAGUUACAACAGACUUGCGUUGUGAGUACCUGCUAUAUGCAGAUGACCUCUAAAUUUUUAAUAGCGUAUGUUGCUUAGAAGACAGUUUAAGGUUACAGGCUGAUUUGAAUGUCAUUGAUCACUGGUGUAAAGUAAAUAAAAUGCACUUGAAUGUCAAUAAAUGUACUACUAUGACGUUUACACGCAGGGUGGAACCGACAUAUUUCACUUUUGAAAUCGGUAGCAAUGUUCUUUGUCGUGUUAAUAUCGUCAAGGAUUUGGCCGUAUUAUUCGAUCUAAAGCUUUCUUUUAUUGAUCACAUUAAUGCAAUAAUAGCAAAAGCUUUUAAAAAUCUUGGUUUUUGUUAUAAGAAAC